GUCGGUACUUGCAGUGUGCAACAAGUCGGCACAGAUUUUUAUACAACUUUUUAUUUUAAUAAAUUUAAUUUUCAAGUUAAAAGUGCCUACGAAUAUUAUUUUAUUAACUACACUAAGUUUAUAGCACCUAUAACGAACUGUGCAUCGAAAAAUCAGUGUAAACAUGUCGUCCAGAAUUCUAUGUGCAAUUGGUCAAAUAUCCAGGCACCAAUUACUGCACAAUAAAUGCUCUAGAGCAUAUCCGCAAGCAAUUCAAUUGCAACGUCGCCUAAUGUCCACAAAUCCAGCUCCAAAAAUUGCACCGGCAGCUGCCGGAGCCGUCUCCAAUAAGCAUCUGCAAACUAAAGUUGUCAAUGGGGUGUUGGUUAUAAAGAUCGAUUCUCCCAAUGCCAAGGUCAACUCCUUAGGCAAGGAGGUGAGUGAUGAGUUUGAGCUUAUGAUCAAAGAUCUCGAGACCAACCCCGCGGUCAACUCGGCUGUGCUGAUAUCGGGAAAACCGGGCUGCUUUAUAGCCGGCGCUGAUAUUGGUAUGCUGGAGGCAUGUCAGACGGCCGAAGAUGCAACUCUUAUCUCGCAUGGCGGUCAGCUGAUGUUUGAGCGCUUGGAACGCAGUCGCAAACCAAUUGUGGCCGCCAUCAGCGGCGUCUGCCUUGGUGGAGGCUUAGAAUUGGCGCUGGCCUGUCACUAUCGCAUUGCCACCAAGGAUAGUAAAACGAAACUUGGUCUGCCAGAGGUUAUGCUGGGUCUGCUGCCCGGUGGCGGCGGCACUGUUCGUUUGCCCAAGCUGACAUCCGUGCCCACUGCCCUGGACAUGGAGUUAACUGGCAAACAGGUGCGUGCCGAUCGUGCUAAGCGCUUGGGCAUUGUCGAUUUGCUCGUCGAUCCCAUUGGACCUGGACUGCAGCCCGCUGAACAAAAUACCAUGGAUUAUCUGGAAAAGACGGCCAUACAAGUAGCCAACGAUUUGGCCAGCGGCAAACUGCGCGUCAAUCGUGAGAAAACUGGGUUGGUCAACAAACUGCAAGCGUUGAUCAUGGACACAGACUUUGUUAAGAACAAAAUCUUUGAUACAGCGCGCCAGCAGGUGAUGAAGGCGUCUGGUGGUCUCUAUCCAGCGCCCCUGAAAAUUGUCGAUGUGAUUCGUACUGGUGUCGACAAAGGCGCCGAUGCUGGCUACGAGGCUGAGCGCAAGGGCUUUGGCGAGUUGUCGGCUACACCUGAAUCUAAGGGCUUAAUCGGACUUUUCCGCGGCCAGACCGAGUGCAAAAAGAAUCGCUUUGGCAAUCCACAAAGCCCCGUUAAGACUUUAGGCGUGCUUGGUGCUGGACUCAUGGGUGCCGGCAUAGUGCAGGUCUCUCUGGAUAAGGGCUACAACGUGGUCAUGAAAGAUGCUACUGAUGCAGGUCUUGCACGCGGCAUCGGGCAAGUGCAGAAGGGCCUGGCCACGGCUGUUACCCGCAAACGUAUCUCAAGUCUGCAACGCGAUCAGACGCUGGCGCAGCUCUUACCCACACUAAACUACAACGACUUUAAGACUGCGGACAUUGUGAUCGAGGCUGUUUUUGAGGAUAUCAAAAUAAAGCAUAGUGUGAUCAAGGAGCUGGAGGCUGUGGUCCCGAAGCACUGCAUCAUUGCGACCAAUACCAGCGCCAUUCCCAUAACAAAGAUAGCUGCUGGCAGCUCCCGUCCCGAGAAAGUAGUUGGAAUGCAUUACUUUUCGCCCGUGGACAAAAUGCAGCUGCUGGAGAUCAUUACACAUCCAGGCACUUCUAAGGACACCGUUGCCCAGGCUGUCGCUGUGGGCCUCAAGCAGGGCAAAGUUGUGAUUACUGUGGGAGAUGGGCCCGGCUUCUAUACCACGCGCAUUUUGGCCACAAUGUUGUCCGAGGCCAUAAGACUGCUGCAAGAGGGCGUGGAUGCCAAGGAAUUGGAUAAGUUAACUAAGAAGUUCGGCUUCCCAGUGGGCGCAGCCACACUGGCCGAUGAGGUUGGCAUUGACGUGGGCUCUCACAUUGCCGUGGAUUUAGCCAAAUCCUUCGGUGACCGCUUCAGUGGCGGCAAUUUGGAAGUCAUGCAGGAUCUGGUAUUAGCAGGUUUCUUAGGUCGCAAGUCCGGCAAGGGUAUUUUCUUGUACGAUGGUCAGAGCAAGGGCAGCCGUCCAGUCAACACUGAUGCCCUGGAGAUUGUGAAGCAGAAGUAUUCGCUGGUGUCCAAGGGCGCCAAUACUCCUGAGGAUUUGACAAUGCGCAUGGUUUCCCGUUUUGUCAACGAAGCUGUGCUUUGCCUGGAGGAGAAGAUUCUGGACAGCCCAUUGGAAGGUGAUGUGGGUGCUGUAUUCGGAUUGGGCUUCCCACCAUUUACAGGCGGACCCUUCCGCUGGGUAGACCAAUACGGUGCAGGCAAACUGGUCAGCAAAAUGCAGUCAUAUGCCGAUCUGUAUGGUGCUCCCUUCAAGCCAGCUCAGACAUUGAUCGAUAUGGCUAAGGAUCCAACCAAGAAAUUCUAUCCCAGCUCUAACGCUGCGAAAUUGUAAACGACAAUACAAACACGAAAUUUAGCUUUAAAGAGAAUUAUGAAUUAUGAAUUAUAGAGCCUUAUUUCGAAUGCAUUUCUCACAAAGAAUUUUUGUAGUAGUAACCGCCUGCCACAUGAAUAACAGUUGAAGUUUGAAGCUUUAUAAUAAACUAUAACAUGUAAUAUUUUCA